UCACUUUAUGCAUGUAGAAGAAGCACAUUUAUUUUCACGUGUUUUGUUGCUAGCGUAGUUCGGUAUUAAACUUUGAAAUGGCUCUUAAACGUUUAAAAACAAAAAAAUCAAAGCGUUUGACGGGCAAGCUGAAGCACAAAAUCGACAAAAAGGUACGCGAACACAAUCGCAAGGAGCGGCGUGAAGCCAAAAAGAAUACCAAGAAAGGCAGCAAGAAACAGAAGCUUAUACAGAUUCCCAACAUCUGUCCCUUCAAAGAUGACAUACUGAAGGAGGUGGAGGAGGCCAAGGCGCGCCAGGAAGUGGAGCGUCAAGCGCGUCGAGAACAAUUCAAAGCUGAGCGCGAACAGAACAAAUUCAAAUCGCUGGAGGCGAUGGUGGAAAGUGCCGACAUGCGAGGCGCUGUGCAUGGCAUAAUGCAUGAGAACGAUGAUGUGGAGACGGGAAAGAAAUACAAGGAUGCUGCCACCAAGGAGCAAUCGCUGAAGCAAUACUUUAAAGAAUUUCGCAAAGUUAUUGAAAACGCCGACGUAGUGCUCGAAGUUGUCGAUGCUCGUGACCCACUCGGCACACGUUGCAACGAAGUGGAGCGAGCAGUGCGCUCUGCCCCUGGUAAUAAGCGGUUGGUGCUCAUCUUGAAUAAAGCCGAUCUUGUGCCUCGAGAAAAUCUCAAUAACUGGAUCAAGUACUUCCGCAAGAAUGGACCAGUGACAGCGUUUAAGGCAUCAACACAGGAUCAAGCAUCGAGGCUGGGACGUCGCAAGCUGCACGAAAUGAAAACAGAAAAGGCUAUGCAGGGAUCGGUUUGCAUUGGUGCCGAGUUGCUAAUGUCAAUGUUGGCUAAUUACUGUCGCAACAAGGGCAUCAAAACAUCGAUUCGCGUCGGUGUCGUUGGCAUACCCAAUGUGGGCAAGAGUUCUAUCAUCAACUCACUUACCCGCGGACGCACUUGCAUGGUGGGCAGCACACCUGGAGUGACCAAAGCUAUGCAAGAGGUUGAGCUUGACUCGAAGAUUAAGCUUAUUGAUUGUCCUGGCAUUGUGUUUACCAGCGGUUCCGGUGCCGGCAACGAGAAUGCGCACGCUGUUCUAAAGAACGCACAGCGUGUUGGGGAUGUCAAGGAUCCAUUUAGCAUAGCAGAAAGCGUGUUGAAGCGAGCCAGUAAAGAAUACUUCUGCAAAAUGUACGACAUUACGAACUAUGACACAUUUGAGGAAUUCUUUGCCAAGAAAGCAGCCCGCAUGGGUAAAUUCUUGAAGAAGGGAGUACCUGAUGUUGUGGCCGCAGCGCGUAGCGUUCUCAACGAUUGGAAUACAGGCAAAAUCAAAUAUUGCACGCAACCACCAGAAGUUGUAGAGGACAAACAAAAUGUACACAUAAGCGCAUCAAUUGUGCAUGCCGAGGCGCGCGAAUUCGACGUGAAUAACUUCGAGUCAAUGGAAACAGAUAUAUUGAAUCAGUGCACUGAGAAAGCCGACGAUGUUAUGCAGAUUACAUCCACUGGUCCACUAGAAGUGCGUUUGCCCCGUGAAGAAGUGCAGGCAUCUGCUGAAAUCAUAGCCGACCAGGAAGAGGUGCCAACAAAGGGUCGGAAGCGAAAAUUAGACGAGGAGAAGAAGGAGAAAACAGAUCCUGCCCUGCUUCUGGAAGAAAAUCAAUCCCUGAAUAAGAACAUUAAAGAGCUCCAGAAAAAGAAGAAAAAGCAGAAUGUUCGGAAUGAGAAAAAGAUUUCGAAAAUAACUGAUGUUCUGGACAGUUUUACCCUAGGUGCAGCAUCAACGAAAGCUGAUAAAUAUGAUUUUGACCAAGACUAUGUUAUUGAAUGAACUAAUAUUAUAAAGAUUUUUAUAUAACUCAGUACAAUAAAUCAAUAUAUAUAUACAUAUGUAUAUAAAAAUGAA